AUGGUGAAGAAGCGCGCUUCCAACGGUCGCAACAAGAAGGGCCGCGGCCACGUCAAGCCCAUCCGCUGCUCCAACUGCUCGCGAUGCACUCCCAAGGACAAGGCCAUCAAGAGAUUUACCAUCCGCAACAUGGUCGAGUCCGCCGCUAUCCGUACGAUAUACCCGCCGAGAAGAUGAGAGUGAGAGAUUGUUGGACUGAGACAAAUUGCAGGUGAUAUUUCGGAUGCCUCCGUCUUCACAGAGUACUCCGUCCCCAAGAUGUACUUGAAGCUCCAAUACUGCGUUUCCUGCGCCAUCCACGGCAAGAUUGUUCGGUAUGCCCACGAAUCACGCAUAUCUCCUGAUGUCCCGAUUUUAUACUCAUAUUUUGCAGUGUCCGCUCGCGCGAGGGUCGCCGCAACCGUGCUCCACCCCCACGUGUACGAUACAACAAGGACGGCAAGAAGGUCAACCCACAACAAGCUGCUCAGGCCCCCGGCCCCCGAUAA